CAUAAAUAAUCUAUAAAAUUCAGUGUUAGAUGAAGCGUGCAGAUGCAAUUCAUUUUAAUGCGGUCAUUGAAUACAUUGAAUACUAUGUUCAAAAUACGAUGCUUGAUUGUCAUAUCCAUUCAAACUUCCGUAAUCAACUUCUUAAGCUUUGGAUAAAAAAGUAAAUAAAUAUGGACGUUUCAUUUUACUUUACUUUUGUGGCUGUUCUUGCUCUUCUGGGUAAUGAUAAACUAGUGAAGGCGGCUUCUUGUAACACGAUGCGUCCAAACUAUCCAAUAUGUAAAGAAUAUUUACAAAUUACAAAUGGGAGAGCUUGUUACUUCGGAAAUUACAAUACUCUAGCAAGUAUUUCUUGUUACGACCCGUAUACCUUUGACGCAAACGCUGUAUUUUCAUGUACUGGACAAGAUAAAAGAUGGCUCCCAAAAGCACAUGCAGUGUGUACAUUUACAGUUCCGGUCACUUCGCAGCUUUACUCGUCCGAAAGUAACUUGUUCUCCAGUGCCAUAAGUUUAGGUAUGUAAACUAUGUUUCUUCUAAUACUGAAUGUAUUAGCCUCGGCUUACAAUGGAUGAUGACGUAUAUAUUAUAAAUAAUCGCAGCUGUUGCAAUUUCAACCUUUGAUAAAAAAGAGUUUGUGCAUUGAUAUAAAUUCGUUAGGGACAGGUUAAAAUCAUCCGGUUAGCUCAUAAAGUAGUGAGUUGGACAGAGCAUUUGUCGACCCGGGUUCGAUUAUCGGACGGUGCAGGUCCCUUUGGUUGUAAUUGAUCAUGAAAUCAUUUCCUCGGUCAUUAGCUUUUUCAUGUACAGAAGUUAUCAGUUCCUUGCGAAUGUGAUA